AGGUCGCAUUCAAUCCAAAAUGGACGACAUACCUACAUUCGAGGAAAUAAAAAAGUUUAAAGUUGUCGAGCUUAAGGCUCGUUUGUCAUCGCUUGGACUGCAUACUUCAGGCUUGAAAGCUGAACUAGUCGCAAGGCUCCAGAGUUAUUUUGAGUCGCUGCCACCUCCCCAAGCACCUCCAGCUGAAGAAAGCAGUGAUCAUGAAGCUGAGCCUGAAAUUUCCACCCAAGAAGUGAUUCCCCCUGAACAUACAGUUACUCACAGUGAAGAAAAAGAUGUCAAACAUGUAAUAAUACCAAUUACAGAUAGUGACCAGGGGAUGUAUCCGUCUGAUUCUGAACAUUAUCCUGUAAUCAUAAAGACAGAGGAUGAUCGCAUACCAGGAUCAGAUGUUCCUUUAGAGGAGAAAAUUUCCUUUGAACCCAAGGCUGUUGAAGAUGAUCAUCUACCAGCCCAACAAGAACAUCAAAGUCAAAACAUGCUUGAAACGGAAGAAGAAGCAUUAGAACAACAGAGUAUCCCAGAAAGGGAUCUUGAAGGGAAUAAUCAGGAUCAGGAAAAUUCACAUUCCCUUGAGGAAAUCGCAAAUAAAAGCUUGCAUGAACCAGAGAUUAUUCAUGAACAAAUUCAAGGUGACCAAAUGCGAGAAGAAGAGGAAAUGCCAAUUGAGCAAAUUCAAGAAGAAACUGCAGACAUUCCUGUACCUGACCAGAAUCAAAUUGCAUCAGAAAACGCUGCACUUUCAAGAGGAUUGGUGCAAGAAUCUGCUCAAGGCAAUGCCCAAGAGCAACAUGCUGAGUUAUCUACACCAGAGGAGCAAAAUAUUCCACAAUCACAUCCUAAUACUGAUGGGCUCCAGCAAGAAUCUUACGAAGAUAAUACUUUCAUGACUUCAGAUUCUCGUGAACCAUGGGUGAUGGUAGAUUAUCCCCUUGCAGAGGAACAUGACAGUAUUGUUAAUCAUGAUGAUAAUGAACCUCCACAGACUCAGCAAGACAUGGAGCAUAAUAGCUUUGAACCAGAAACUGCCGAAGAAGAAAAUGACUAUCAGGAUUAUGUUGAUGAUCAGAGGAUUGAUACUGAGGACAAUGAAGAUGAACAACCAGAACAACGUACAGAGAGCAAAGAUAAGAAAAAGAGGAAAAAGAAGAAGAAGAAAAAGAAGAAGGUUGAGUUUGUCCAGGAGGUGCAACGUGGCACAGAGGAAGAAAAAGAAAAUGUUGAGAUUGAGUAUGUCACUGAAUCCAUCAGUCCACUGGACCCAAACUACAGAGCAUUUGCCAAGAUUUUUGAGGCUUUCAAGUUAUCAGAUCCUGCUAAAAGUGAUGCAGCAGAGAAAAAGACUGAUGAAAAGGAAGAAGCAGUGGAGGCAAAGAAGAGUGAAGUGAAAGAUCUCACUAAAGAUGACGAUGAUGAUGAUGACGACGAUGAUGAAGAUGUGGUGAAAAAACCUGAAGACGAACAGCCAAAGCUGUCUAAGAAAAAACUUCGAAAGAUGAACAGAUUAAGUGUAGCUGAAUUAAAACAGCUGGUCCCCAGACCUGAUGUGGUUGAAAUGCAUGAUGUUACUGCACAGGAUCCUAAAUUUCUUGUCUUCCUGAAGUCUUGCCGUAACACUGUGCCUGUUCCCAGACAUUGGUGUUUCAAAAGAAAAUAUCUUCAGGGUAAAAGAGGUAUUGUGAAGCCACCAUUUGAGUUGCCAGAGUUUAUAAAGAGAACUGGUAUUAUGGAGAUGAGAGAAGCUAUGCAGGAAAAGGAAGAUCAGAAGACUAUGAAAGCAAAGAUGAGAGAGAAAGUCAGACCAAAAAUGGGCAAGAUUGAUAUUGAUUAUCAAAAGCUUCACGAUGCAUUCUUCAAGUGGCAAACAAAACCAAAGAUGUUCAUCCAUGGUGAACUUUACUAUGAAGGUAAAGAGUUUGAAACAAGAUUGAAAGAAAAGAAGCCAGGAGACUUAUCAGAUGACUUAAGAACAGCCCUCGGUAUGCCAAUUGGCCCCAAUAGUAAUUUAGUUCCACCUCCCUGGUUAAUCGCCAUGCAGAGGUACGGCCCUCCUCCUUCAUACCCCAACCUCAAGAUCCCUGGAUUGAAUGCACCCAUUCCUGAGGGUGCCUCGUUUGGUUAUCACGCAGGAGGCUGGGGUAAGCCUCCAGUGGAUGAACAAGGGAAGCCUUUGUAUGGUGACGUGUUUGGUAUACAAUCGCACGAGGCUCCGAUGAUGGAAGAAGACGAGCAGAUUGAAAGUCAACCCUGGGGUGAAUUAGAAUCUGAGUCCGAGGAGGAGUCCGAAUCCGAGGAGGAAUCGGAGGAAGAAGAAGAUCAAACGGGUCUCAUAACACCGGCGGACACUGGUUUGAUCACACCUAGCGGUCUGACCUCUAUACCAGCUGGCAUGGAGACACCGGACAUGAUUGAACUGCGAAAGAGGAAGAACAUCGAGGAGGCGAUGGAGAGUGGUGCUGAACAACAGCCACUGUAUACAGUACUGCCUGAAAAGAGAGUCAACGUGGGCGCCGCCAUGAUGGGAUCCGCGCAUGUGUACGACGUGGCAUCGGCUGCCGCAGGAGGUCCCAGAAAAGCUGGUGCACCUCUCACCGAAGGCGUCGAGGUAGCACUGGACCCGAGUGAGUUGGAGUUAGAUCCAGCUGCCAUGCAGGCCAGAUACGAAGAACAACUCAAAGAAAGAGAGAGUCAACUGCAGAAAGAGGAUCUGAGUGACAUGGUUGCAGAGCACGCCGCCAAACAGAAGAAACGUAAGAAGGCCACAGACAGCGGGAAAUCCGCGAAGAAAUACAAAGAAUUUAAGUUCUGAAAAUACGUCUUCCCAAAGACAUUGCUUCUCUUUUAUCUGUACAGUAAUAGUAAACACGCCAAACUUGUGGUUUCAGACCUUUAUUGCCCUUACUUUUUUCUUAUUUAGUGGUUACAAACACGAUUACUUUAAUAAAAACACUAAUUAAAAAAAGGC